AUGCGGGAUGUGGCGCCGACGGCCUCGGAGCCGCUCUGCCCUACCUGUCCCCGCCCUCGGCGCCGACCCGCUGGACUCUGGCACCCGCCAGGACAAGCGCGGCCGUUGCGGCCCGCCACGCGACGGCGCAUGAGCAGCUCGGCCCCAGGCCUCCGGGGCCAACGGGCCGGUUGGAAGUGGGGCCGCUCCCCGCCAGCGGGCUCUCAUGCUGGGCUCGCAGGGGCCUCCUGGUCGCGGGGACCUGGGCGAGCCCUGUGCACCUGGCUCCUGAAGUCCCGCGAGACUGGGCACCGAGUCCUCGGGAGGUGUGUCUGGACCGGGCCAGUUCUUAAAGAGUUAAGAGGGGCUGGACAGAUCCGAGCCGCGGGGGCCACUGGAGUGGGGCAGCGCCAGCCCAAAACUCCAAGUGGUCCCGGCCGCUGGAAGUCACGCCCUCGACCCACCCUCGGCGCCAUCUUCAUGCCACAAUCCACAGAGAAGCGGCAGGCAUUCUGGUGAGCAACGCGGCCUGGAAAAUGCUCCGGACCCGAGUCGGGGCCAGCAACACCGGGGGGCCGGAAGGAGGAGGUGCCGCCAGCACACCUUCUCCAGAUGGAACCCUGGCGCCACUGAGCAGCAACUAACACGGCUCCAGGAUUCGGGACUGGGACAGAUCCGAGCCGCGGGGGCCACUGGAGUGGGGCAGCGCCAGCCCAAAACUCCAAGUGGUCCCGGCCGCUGGAAGUCACGCCCUCGACCCACCCUCGGCGCCAUCUUCAUGCCACAAUCCACAGAGAAGCGGCAGGCAUUCUGGUGAGCAACGCGGCCUGGAAAAUGCUCCGGACCCGAGUCGGGGCCAGCAACACCGGGGGGCCGGAAGGAGGAGGUGCCGCCAGCACACCUUCUCCAGAUGGAACCCUGGCGCCACUGAGCAGCAACUAACACGGCUCCAGGAUUCGGGACUGGGACAGAUCCGAGCCGCGCGGCCGCUAACGCGGCCGCGCGACCUUUUCUAACACCUGAGAACAUACAAUCUUUGAAUGGAAAACUAAUUAUCAAAUGCCUCCUUAUUAGGGUUAUCUUUUUUGGGGAUAUAACUUCCACAACAAUAGUGAGUUUUGUGUUGAAAUAUGGAACUUAAUCAAGGUGAAGAGAAAAUAAAGUGAGGU